GUGACAAACUAACCAUCAACUUUAAUGCUAUCGGACAGAUUUCACUCGCACAGAAAAAUGAAAGUUGAUUACGCUCACAGUGUACACCUCGUACAACUUUAAGUGAUUUUAAUCAAGAGCAACAUCAUACGCCGAACGCAAAUUCCAUACUGUAAUUAUUUUACGCUAAACACUUUAUUGAGUUGUUGUUUCUCUUUCAACUUUGCCGAUAAAAUAUUGCAUUUAAUGUUCACCUGUCAAACGCUGUACUGUGUCUCACUCGGUCUCACUCAAUGGAAUGACUUUCUUUAUUGGACAGGGAAAAUUAAAAGACAAUUCAACUAAAAAACUUUCUCCAUCAAUUUGGAAUUGUUCAUUGAAGGAAAAAGAAACACGUUUCGGAGGAAAGAAAAGCCUAUGAUUAGAUGGCAAAGCGAUAAUAAACCAACACCGAAAUGAUAAAAUCGAUGCGAUUGUCAUUGAUACGAUGGUUCAUGAUAAAAAUAAUAACAAUUUAUUUUGAACCAUUAUUUUAUACACAUUCAAAACAAUUAUCGGUGAGAAAAUUGUCGAAUUCAAUCGAAAGGUGAUGGUGCGUCGUUGCAAGUUGGAUUAUCGCGAUUUAGUUCAAAUUAUAUUAAAAGUAAAAGGAAUUUUUGAACAACAGAGAGCCAUCUAUUUUUCAAAACUUUGCUGUCAAAAAUCAAGCGUCAAAUCUCUGAAUGUUCGAUUUUCUGCGAUGUUUUACACCAAAUGUCAUUUAUAUGAAGUGGAAUCAUAACCUAAAGACUGUAGUCUAAACAAACCGCUCAUUUCAUCAUUAAACAUUGAACCGACGACGUCGUCCAACCGAAAUCUAUAUUCUCUUGCACGCUCUUAAUUUUACACGCUCAAUACUUGUUUACAUAAGUAAAAUAUAACAAAGUCGCUAUAAAGUGGAUACAGUGAGACAGUUUUUCUUGGAAUUCCAAAACACAACGGAAAAAACCGAACUUGGAAACGACAAUAAAUAAUUGAAUUCUCUAGAAUAAAUACAGCGUAUGAUACGGUCGCACACCAUAGGUUGUUUUUACAUACAUUUUUUGCUGUAUUUUGUAUGACGGUGUUUCGCUUUGAAAUGCAACCUUUUCAUACGCUGUUUUUAUUCUAUAGCAAUCAAUUGUUCAAAAUGUUAUGGAAAAAGGAAUCAAAUGGUUCAACGUACACGGAUAUUUUUGGAUAUGGUGAUAAAAUUCGGAUUGAGAAUUUCGUGCAGACAAAUAUUGGUCGACAAAAUCAGAAAUGUAACGAACUGUCAACGGAAUUGCGACUAAAGGGGAACGAAAAAUUCACAGCAAAAGUAUGGCGUGAGGCAAUGCAAUUUUAUAAUGAAAGUUUAUGUCACGCAGAAAUAGGUUCAAAAAACAUCAGUUUAGCAUACGCAAAUCGAUCAUCAUGUUUUCUUCGUUUAAAUAUGUUUGAAAAAUGUCUUGCCGAUAUAGAACUCGCAAUUGAAGCACACUAUCCGGUAGAAUUGAUGCCCAAAUUGGAUGCGCGUCGUACUAACUGUUUGAAUCAAAUUCAACGCGCAACGCAAAUUGACAAAGCCUAUCCAAAAUUGGAUUUUGAGGAAGACGAACAUUUCCCAGGAAUGGCGAAUGUCUUGCAAAUGGAAUGCAAUGCAAAGUAUGGCCGACAUAUUGUUGCCAAAUGUGACAUUGAUGUUGGUAAAGUCGUUUUGGCAGAUGAAUCGUUUAUCAGCAUGCCAGUUAAUUCAACAAAGCAAAUGAUAUGUAGCAGAUGUUUGAAAAAUACGAUGAAUUUUAUCGCUUGUGAUUUUUGCAACAGUGCCAUGUUUUGCAGUCAUGCUUGUGCCAAAAGUGAUGAAUUCCAUGAAAUAUCUUGUGGUAACAUUGCUGCUAAAGAGGAUUAUUUCGUCGCUUAUAUAACUCGUUCAAUCGUAAUUGCGAUCAAUAUAUUCAAAAACAUCGACAGUUUGAUUACAUUUGUGGAGAGUGUUAUCAAUGAUGAAAGCAAGGGCACACCACAGUCAUUGAAAGAUAUGAAAUCUAGAUAUCGUGCCUUCUUAAAGUCAAACCUUCGGAUGUCUGACGAGAAAAAUAACAUUAACAAGUAUCGCUGCACCAAAAUAUUUGAGUGUGUGAUGUCUCAACCGACCAUCAAGGCAAGUGUUCGAUCAAAGCAUGAUAUACGUUUCCUGAUGCAUCUAACAAUGAUGCAUUUUUACAUUGUUAAUUGCAAUCUAUUCGAAAACAAAAUACGAAGCGGAGUAUUUUUGAUUCAACAGCUAAUUAAUCAUUCAUGUGCACCUAAUUUGCUCUAUUACCACUCAUCAACCAAGGCUAUUGGCAUUACAACUCGUCGAAUCAAAAAGGGUGACCAAAUAUUCAUUGCAUAUGACCAAAUGUUUUUGACAAAGCCGCGAGAUGUACGUCAAAGAUUUUUAAAAGGUGCUUUUGGUUUUCGAUGUGAUUGCGAAAAAUGUUCAAAUGAUAAUUGGCCGAUCUCAUCAUUGUGCAUUGCAUCCGACCCAAAAUAUAACCUUCUUUUGAAAGAAAUUCAGAAUUCUACUGGUACAAGAUUGGACAACAUUGAUGAUUCGAAGCGUUCGAUUAUGAAAAAAACAUGUUUUGAAAUAUUCAAAAAAUAUCGUAAUAUGCAUUGGACAUUUGAACUUGACGUUGUUUGCGUGAACCUUGCGGGACUUUUAUUGGUAUCUGGCUGUCAUUGAUUGAUUUAAUUCUAAAAUUCAUUAACAUAAUUACUACUCAAGUAACUAUAUAAAUCUAUAAUAAACUAUAUUCAUAUUAUACUAUUGAAAGAAAUCUUCAAUUUCUUCGUGACUUUAAAACAUUUUCUAAAUGUUCAAUGAAAAAAUCAA